AUGUCAAAACCCAAAGACACAAAAAAAAUUAACCUAUCAGAUAUCUCCACAGCCUUACGUAUAAUCUCUCAACAACAAGAUCGUAUCCGUUCACUUGAACAAGGAUUGAGUCAUUUUCCUCUUGGCUUGAAACCAUCUUUGAACUUUUCCCUAUCUUCCAUUCACAGUGAAAUUGAUAGUGUUGGUGAUGAUAAUUUUCACACUACUCAAAUGGAAGAUUAUAAAACGACACCUCGUCCCAAUCAUCAUAAUCAUCAUCAUCAUCAUCAUCAUCAUCAUCAUCAUCAUCAUCAUCAUCAUCAUCAUUGUACCUCGGUGUCAUGUUCUCACUCGUUCGAUCAUACCCAUGUUAACGACGACAACGACUACGAUCGUACUUUGGGUUUAAACUUGAACCAUUCUCAUUCUUCUCUUGGUUUGGAAUUAGGAUUAGGAUUAGAAUCAGACUUUGAUGAUUCUCCUCUUGGUCAAAAACCCAAUGAAGAUGCCUAUAAUCUCAAACUUUUCAAUUCUCAUCACCACAAUGAAAAUUUCGACAGGAUGGACGACCCCGACGAACCGUUCUCUUCUACCCGUACCAUCGAGACCGUAUCGAUAACGUGGGAAGAUGAAGAUGCGUAUGAGAACUGUUUCGAUCUCAAACUUGAUCAUGGUUCCCUCCCUGAAGAAGAGAAGAAAUAUGGUCGACUCGGGUUGGACAUCUCCCUACGGUCAUUCGCAAAAGGAAAAGGAAAAGGAAAAGGGAGAGGAUGGAAUAGGAGACGUUAUUGGACGACGUGUGAUAGGGAGUAA